AUGCCAUUGAACGGCAAAAAACGACGACGUGAUUCUACACCCAUUGUUGAAGAGACUUCGUCGUCCGAGAAUAGCUCAAAACCUUCUUCAUACAACAACGCUGCACCCACGGUCCUCGCACAUGCAGCCAAGGGUCCCAGUGACCUUGAGAAGCAUUGGUUAGCACUUCAUGGAGACACAGAAGCAGUGAAGCGAAAAGAAAUAGCUGCAAAGCCUGUAGCUGCAGGGACUCACCUGUCCCAAGCACCACCACUUCGCACCCCUUCACCAGUCAUGCCAACCACGCCAACCAAAUGUACUCCAGUGCUGAGAUAUGGAUCAACAAGUACCCAUACAUCUGAUGGAGUGCUCUCGUACCUCAGUGGUGGAGGAUUCGGCCAGGGAUGUCCUGUGGACAGAAAGGGACGUUAUAAGUAUAAUAAGCGAUAUAAAUACAACGAACCUUUCACAUUUGCAAGCCCCACUAAAAUCGCUGGAGACAACUCUGAAUCAGAUGGGAACUUGGAGGGGGUUCAAAGGGAAGAAAACAAAGAGGUAAGGCAUUGA